ACCGUUAAGCUGAAGUUCCACGCACCGUCGCAAUCUGUCCCUAUCUUUCCUUCUAAGAUGGUGUUCUUCGCUGCCGCCAUCUCGCGCUCUAUUCUUCGGCGCGCCGCCAAGCCUUGCGUUUUCCCCCGGCGAUGGAUCUCCGGCGGCGGCGCCUCCGGCGUGGACGGCAUCGCGGCCGCCGGAUACCACGUCACGGGCGGGCCGUCCUUCAUGCGGGGGACCGUCUUCUGGGAGCCCAAUCGGCCCCUCACCAUCGAGGAGUUUCAUAUGCCCAAACCCAAGGCCGGCGAGCUCCUCAUCAAGACCAAAGCAUGUGGAGUCUGUCACUCCGAUCUUCAUGUCUUGAAAGGUGAACUUCCUUUCUCAAGUCCUUGUGUUGUCGGACAUGAAAUAACUGGGGAGGUAGUUGAGCAUGGUGCACAUACUGACAGUGGGAUUAUAAAGAGGUUUCCAGUUGGAAGUCAUGUUGUUGGAGCUUUUAUAAUGCCCUGUGGUAAUUGUUUCUUCUGUGUGAAGGGUCAGGAGGACCUUUGUGAGGCUUUCUUUGCUUACAAUCGUGCAAAAGGAACUCUUUAUGAUGGCGAAACACGACUAUAUCUUCGCAGCAAUGGGAAGCCAGUGUAUAUGUACAGCAUGGGUGGAAUGGCUGAAUAUUGUGUUGUACCAGCCAAUGCAUUGGCUGUUCUUCCCAAUUCACUUCCAUACACAGAAUCAGCAAUAUUAGGGUGUGCUGUUUUUACUGCAUAUGGUGCUAUGAGGCAUGCAGCUGAAAUGCGAGCGGGUGAUUCAGUUGCGGUUAUUGGAGUUGGUGGUGUCGGAUCCAGUUGUUUGCAGAUAGCGAAGGCAUUUGGUGCUGCUGAGAUCAUUGCAGUGGAUGUUCUUGACGAGAAACUUCAGAAUGCCAAAAUUCUUGGUGCUACACACACCAUAAAUGGAUUAAACGAAGAUGUUGUCGACAAGAUCAAGGAAAUAACUGGAGGAAGGGGUGUUGAUGUGGCUGUAGAGGCACUGGGGAAACCACUGACAUUUAUGCAAUGCACCAAAAGUGUAAGAGAUGGAGGGAAAGCUGUCAUGAUAGGUCUUGCCGCCACCAAUGCAAUAGGGGAGGUAGACAUAACUCGUCUUGUCCGCAGACAGGUCAAAAUAAUUGGCUCAUAUGGUGCAAGGGCCAGACAAGACCUUCCGCAGGUGGUCAAGCUUGCAGAAACUGGAAUCUUCAAUCUUCGUGACACAGUUACAAGGAAAUGCAAAUUCGAAGAAGCCAACGCUGCAUUCGAUGAUCUGAACCAUGGAAAGAUCAUCGGCCGGGCAGUCAUUGAGGUUAUGUAGUUCUCUUCUGGUUAUGCUAUCUUUCUCAAUAAACCAACCAUCACCUCUGACAUGUAAACAUUUCAAGUUCCUCUUCUAUCUUAUUUGCAAUAAAUUUAUUCUCGCUAUUGUGUCGAUCA